UUUCCCGUGCCCUAACCCCGUGGAGAAACCCUAACCCUAAAUCUCACUGGGUUUGGCCUGGUUACUCCCUUUAGAUCUCUUUCCCGAUCGCGCUCUCUCUCUCUCUCUCUCUCUCUCUCUCUCUCACCUCCGCUUCUCCCCUCCGCACCUCCUUCUAACCCUAACCCUAACCCUAAAAUUAAAUGGAUUUGUGCGUUACUAGUUAACUUCAUACUGGUCUUUAUUUGGAGACGACAAGGUGAGAUUUUUCCUUCUUCGUAUACCACUAAAUAGAAGAUUAAGAAAAAUAUGCUUUCUGUCCCUGGAGACAAUAAUUUGGGUGUGGUAGGCCGCAGACCAGGAAUGGAAUUGGCUUCUGUUUCCCAAAAUGCCCUUCAAAUCGCAGGUCCAGGUGGGAAGCAGCGAACAUCCAGCCUGGAAUCCCCAAUCAUGCUGCUCACCGGCCAUCAGAGUGCCAUAUACUGCAUGAAGUUCAACCCAGCUGGAACUGUGAUAGCAUCUGGGUCCCAUGACAAGGACAUCUUCCUGUGGUAUGUCCACGGCGACUGCAAGAACUUCAUGGUCCUGAGAGGGCACAAGAACGCAAUCCUUGACUUGCAGUGGACAACCGACGGGAGCCAGAUUAUCUCCGCAAGCCCCGACAAGACUAUUAGGGCUUGGGAUGUUGAAACAGGCAAGCAAGUGAAGAAAAUGGCCGAGCAUUCUUCAUUUGUAAACUCGUGCUGCAUUUCGCGCCGUGGGCCGCCUCUCGUUGUGAGCGGCUCUGAUGACGGCACGGCAAAAUUGUGGGACUUGCGGCAGAGGGGUGCGAUCCAGACUUUCCCUGAUAAGUAUCAGAUCACGGCCGUCAGUUUUUCAGAUGCAGCCGAUAAGAUUUAUACUGGGGGAUUGGACAAUGAUGUGAAGGUGUGGGAUCUUAGAAGGAACGAGGUGAUGAUGACUCUUCAAGGGCAUGGUGAUAUGAUAACGGGGAUGCAGCUGAGCCCCGAUGGGUCAUAUUUGUUGACCAAUGGAAUGGACUGUACACUUAGGAUUUGGGAUAUGCGGCCCUAUGCCCCACAGAACCGGUGCAUUAAGAUUUUUGUGGGGCACCAACAUAAUUUUGAGAAGAACUUGUUGAAGUGUAGCUGGUCACCUGAUGGAAGCAAGGUUACUGCAGGGAGUGCGGAUAGAAUGGUGUACAUCUGGGACACUACGUCAAGGAGGAUUUUGUAUAAGCUUCCGGGGCACAAUGGGUCAGUUAAUGAGACUGUGUUCCAUCCAACCGAACCCAUAAUAGGAUCUUGCAGCAGUGACAAGCAGAUUUAUCUCGGGGAGAUUUAGAAGAACCGGCUGAUGAGACAUUUCGGGAUAUGUUGGUGUUGAGAGUUGCCAAUGAGUGCCAAUGAGACUAUUCGGGAUAUGUUGGUGUUGAUGUGGAACUGAAUCGAUUGGCCAUGUUCAUGUUCUUUUCAUUAAUAUGUCGAAUAGUGUAAUCUAAUGAAUUUGAGAUGGCUAUGUACUGACCGACUAUUAGAAACUUGAAGUAUGGAAAAUUGGAAUCGAUGAUGUUGAAGUUUGUAGCUCAUUUGCUGAUCCUCUUUUUAAUAGCUGUUGGCUUAGCAUGUCGGCCUUUUAGGUGGCAUCUUAUCAUAUAUAACGCAGCUUUUAGUUUA